CCAAACACGCCUGUUUAAUGUUUAGUCAUUUUGUCAGUUGGACAUUGACCAACAUAUGUUGACCUACAAUUUGCGGCCCGAAUAUUCAAAAACUGAUAAGCCCUGCAGACGCAUAACAUGCGGAGCUUUAUCUCUAGGUUGAGACACCAGAGACGUGGCAGCAAGACCGAAUCAGGACCUGGUCUUCAAGAAGCACUACAAGAAAGCCGUCAGCAAUACCUUUACCGAUAUCGCAAGCAACGCGGAGUUAAUCUUGGAUCGUGGUUCGUUUUAGAGCGGUGGUUAUCAGAAUCACCAUUUCAAAGCACCGCCGGCAGCGGACAAAGUGAUCUGGACGUUGCCAAGGGUCUACGUGCGAAGCAAGUUCUAGAGCAACAUUGGGAUUCUUGGAUCACCUCCAGCGAUUUUGAAUCGCUCGCGGCAAGGGGAAUCAACACUGUGCGGAUCCCAAUCGGAUAUUAUCAUAUCUGUGCACUGGACCCGUCUAUCCUUACUCGAACUGACUUCGAUGGUCUUCAACAUGUUUUUGAAGGAGCAUGGAGCAGACUUGUUGCCGCGGUGAUCACUGCCCAGAGCUUUGGAAUUGGGGUGCUAUUUGACCUUCACGCGGCUCCUGGUAAACAGAAUAAAGAUUCGCAUUCAGGAACGUCAUCCCCGGUACUGGCCAUUCGCGCUCUCCGCGUCCUGGUCACACAACUUAUCGCUUUGCGGGCACAUGAACCCGAAUUCGACAAUAUAGUCGGUGUACAGCUUCUCAACGAACCUCAACCCUCUUCACACGAAGCACUCUACGAUUGGUACAAGGAGGCAAUCCAAGAGAUAAGAAAUAUAGACUCUGGUUUCCCAAUCUACAUAUCAGAUUGCUGGAUGACUGAUCAAUAUGCCGAUUUCAUCGCACGCUUACCGUCUUCCUUGGCGCUGACUUGCAUCGACCAUCAUCUGUACCGGUGUUUCACGUGGAGCGACAUCUCAACAUCAGCAGCGCAGCAUACUGCGUCCCUUACUGAUCGGAAUGCCCCAUUUCCGCAAAUGUUCUCCCGCGUUUCAGAGAAGCUCGCAGAAUCAGGAAGUGGGCUCAUAGUUGGCGAGUGGUCUGGAGCUUUGAAUCCAGGCUCUCUACAAGGUACAGCGGAUGAACAUCAGGAAAGAGCAUCUUACAUUCGAGCUCAACUUGACCUGUUCGAGCUGUACUGUGCUGGAUCAUUCUUUUGGACAUACAAAAAAGAGUUGCCUGGAGAUCAAGGAUGGUCUUUCCGAGACGCAGUUGAAAAUGGUGUCUUUCCCGAAGUCGUGGGCAUGGUUCCAGUAGAGGAUUAUGUUGGACUCAGUGCCAACAUAAACGCUAGAAAGGUGACCGCUAGAAAUGUAGCCUUGGGCCAACAUGUAUCUUACUGGGCCCGUUUUCCUAGUUAUUAUGAGCAUUGGCGUUUUGAAGCCGGCUUCGAUCAGGGGUGGGUCGCGGCUUAUGACUUCUUCACCUUCGAUCGCGCGGGCCAGCCCACCGUCUCAGAACUGGGAUUCAAGGGCUGCAUUGCGAAGAGGAAGGCGCAGGACCAUAUUCGUGAAAACGGGCGCAGCAGCAACAUUUGGGAGUUCGAGCAUGGAUUUAGGCAAGGGGUAGAUGCUGCGAAGCACGAUUUUCAGCAUCACUACUGUUGAUUUUCACGUGUCAGGUGUAAGAUCUCCAUGAACAGACAAUCCAUAUCUUUGCAUGCCCAUGUCCUCGUGUAUGAUAAUGUCGACAUAUUCAAUUGCUGUUAAUCAUCGCAGACGUAAAGAUCUUCUGAAGUGGACACAGC